UUUUUUUUUCCUUUUUAAAUACCGUUGGACGUAGACUUUACGGUUAUUAGCGAGAUCCGCGGCAGUGAUAAAAACUACGUCGACGAUUUUUAUAUUCGAGGAAGUUGUCGUGUCAGUCUGGAAAUCCAUUUACUCCCAGAGAGGCUUCCGGGGGAGAUUUUUCCGCAUGCCGAGAUAUUGAUGAACUCUGGAUUGUUCCGGUGUGUGGAAGAAAGCGUCGAAACGUGAUGUGUGAAGCCGUCCCGAGGUCCUGGCACGUGAAACCGGAGUUGCACCCGGGCACAGUCGGGGUUCCCGCCGGAGCAUUGUCGCCCCCGGCAACAUUGUCGCCGCCGGUAAGCCCGAGCUCUGCCUUACCGGCGUCCCCCUGGAGUCCUGAGGGCGGACGGGGGAGCAGCAACAGCAACAGCAGCAGGAGCAGCUCGAGCAGCAGCUGUAGCGGCAGCGGCAGCACCGCAGCGUCCGCGAGGAUUCCGCCGGCUCCGAUCCUGGACCGAUUCAGCGCUUUCACUCUAGUCUCCCAUCAGCAACAUCAUCCUGACUUACGUCUGCCCAACUUAACGUUCUCCCCGGGAACGACCGGAAACCGUGAAAUGCGGUGCGGUCUCGUUUACGGGGGCUAUGCUGGCGGGAGCGUCGCUGGGGGUGCGGUUGGGGCCUUACCUUGGUGGGCCCAUCACGCCGCAGGUCUUCUGCUGCCCCAUUCUCUACUGCCCUCCAGAAUACCGGGCCAUCAUCAAAACGCGACGCCUACCGGGGCCCAGCUACAUCCCGCUGAACCUUUGAGUCCAGCGAGGGCCAGUUCCCCGGUAACGCAUCGUGGUUACACACCCGAGAAGGCCCGGAGUGCCGAGGAAGAGGCGCCUCUCAAUCUGAGCACAAAGCCAGGCGACAGUUCGCCGAGCCACAGUUUACGCAAGAGCGAGAUAUGGUCGCCAGGCUCGGUCUGUGAACGAGAAGCGAAGGAAACGCGGCCUCCGUCGUCCUGGAGUCCCCCGAUCGCCUCAACCCCAGCCGUAUCGAGGCUCGUACAUUAUUCACCACUGACGCCACCCUCUUCCUCGGAGAGAACUUUCCAGUGCAAGCAGUGCGGAAAAGCUUUCAAGCGGUCCAGCACGCUGAGUACGCAUCUACUGAUCCAUUCGGACACGCGGCCGUAUCCGUGCCAGUAUUGCGGCAAGAGGUUUCAUCAGAAAUCAGACAUGAAGAAACACACCUACAUCCAUACCGGUGAAAAACCCCACAAGUGUGUCGUUUGCGGAAAAGCAUUUUCCCAGAGCAGUAACUUGAUAACGCACAUGCGCAAGCACACCGGUUACAAACCGUUCCAGUGCGGCUUGUGCGACAAGGCGUUCCAAAGGAAGGUGGAUCUGCGGAGGCAUCGCGAAGGCCAGCAUCCCGCUGCUCCAGCUUUGGAUUAUCGUUCCCUGUCGUUGCCGCCCUCCGGUUCCCUACAAAUAACACACUCGCCUGCCACGGAUCGUCGCAUGAUCGCAGAUGUACCCGAAACAAGCUGAACCGAUAACAAAGGGAGCGAAUGAGAUGAGCCCGGAGAAGAAAGGAAAGGGGGAUAAAGUUUGCCUUUUGUUUUUCCUCCUUUCAACCUUUGGUUUCAAUUUCAUUGAAAAUAUUGAAGGAAAAGGGAGAUGCUACGAUUUAUACCUGCGGCGGUGGCGACCUGAUAUGAAUAGCGAGAAUGGUCAACCGUGACGAAGCUUCGGAAUAAUGGGUGAAUUAGGAAAAUGCACAAGCGUUGAUGAUCUGGGAAUUAACCGGUUAAUUCGGCGAGUCGUUGGCACAUUGGCAAUUGUGUUAGGAAUCUCAUUUACACGUAUAAAUGUACAGAGUGAAUUCCUAACGGCUGCGCGGUUCGACACGCAUGCGCUAAGAUUCGAGUAGCAGUUGUUUUGUCAGGGUGAGCAAUAUUUUUGAGGUUACCUACAUAGCGGGGACCUGUCGUCUGAAUUUAUUAAUGUUGGUCACCCUGACGAAACAACUGCUCAGCUUGCUCAUCAAUUUUAGCGCAUGCGGAUCAAACUAUUCACUCGUUAGCGAUUCACUAUGUACGUAUAUAUUAUAUACAUAUAUGUACAUAUCAAUGUACAGAUUUUUAAACGUACAAUCGCAAUUAAUUACCGUCCACACAAUUAUAUUAUGAAUUGAUAUCGAUAAUUGUUAUCGUGUAAUACGCUGCAUAAACGUAAUCAUAUACAAUUGGCAUGUUUUGUAUAGAGCAGUAUAGGAAGUCAGCUAUCACGAUCUAAUUUCUCUGUAAAUAUAUAUUUGGGUGGUCCUUAAAAAGGUCAUUUUUGAAUUUUGAUCGUAAUUCAAAAAUAAUACCCUAAUUUUUUCAGAUUUUCAUUUCAACUCUAACUCGUGCCUCCAAGAAAGUGGAUUUCCUGAUUCAACCCUUUCAGGGGUGCGUCUAAUCUAUCGAAUGGAUUUGGAUAAAAUUUGGUGUAAGGGGAUUUUUUGGAUGCCUGAUUACGAUCCAGAAAUUAAAAUUUGAAAAUUCAAAGUAGCGGAUCCAAUACGGUGAACCAAAACCCUAACAGUCACUCGAUGUUGCCAUAAUGGAUCCACCAUUUUGAAUUUUUUAAUUUCGAAUUUUGAUUCUUAAUCAGCUACCCAAGAAAUCCCCUCACACCAAAUUUCAUCUGAAUUCAUUGGGCAGAUUUGACAUGUCCCUGAAAGGAGUUGAAUGGAUUCCACCCUCUUUGAGGCACAAGUCAGAGUUGUGAUAAAAAUUUGCAAAUAUUAGGAAAUUAUAUUUGAAAUAUCUAAGGAUCACCCUGAUAUAUAAUAUAAAUAAUUUUUAAACAUUCCUAGCUACGUUCGGCAUAUAUUUUCUCGCUUCGAACUAUUCAUACACGAAUCGUAUAAAUUUCCUGCGUUCCCGUGAAAGAUUAAGGAGUUAUUGGAUAGCCGGUCGGACGACGAAUGACGUGGACCACAUCGUAUACAUAUCUAGUGUGCCUUGAGUGAUAAUGUCACGAGCAUACCUGAAUGCCAUAUGCCUAUAUUUAUUGCGCAUGUACUGACGUAUAUCCGAAUAUAUACAGUAACUAUACAUAACUAUAUAUUUACGAAUAAUCGCGGAAAAAUGGUCGAUAUAAAAUACGUAUGCGAACCAAAUUCGUAAGCCAUUGAUUGCGGAGAAAGGCAGAGGAACAAACAUCACCAGGCGAUUGGCCGACCAGUUACCUGCGAUUAUCACACACACGGUCCGUUACAAGCCAAAGCGAUCCGUCUGAUGAGGGAUCACAAAAUGCGACGCGUUAUAGACUUGAAAAAAUAAAUUUAUAAAUCCCUGUUUGUAAUUUAUAAUUGCGUAACCUACAAAGAGCGUUUCGUAACUACACGGUGAUCCGCGAUUGCCGUCUUUCCUUCUGUAUCGGUGUAAAUUUUCUUGUACCAAACUAAACACGAUUCAACGGGGAAAAAAUAUGUAGGGAUUUAAUAACGUCUGUGGAGAUAGGGAAAAAUUUAACCAAGAAAUCGGAGAAAUUCGUAUGCAAAAACAACUCAGAGCCCCCUGUCGUUAUAUGCCCGUUUGCUGAACGAUGAGUCUUAAUUUUACUUAAAUUUUUAACAACGGAAUUUCGUAAGGAUGCUGACUAUGCUUACGGCAUACGGUUGAAUUCCUUGUUUUUAUUAUUUUUUCAUUUAUUUUUUUUUAGUUUCGCAAGAAAUAAAUUAUGUUUCGUAUUACGGAGGAACGGUGGCAGUUGUGAAAAAUCGUCUAUUACAAUAUACAAAUACACACGGGUGUAAAUACGUAAUGGGAAAAAAAUGUGAACGACGAUUUCAUCAGGAUAGCCAACUUUCCCAUAAAUCAGUGCAUAAUAGUAAUAAUACCAAUGAUAAUAUAUAUAUUAUAUAUACAUAUAACAUAUGUAUAUUUUCAAUCUAACUUCGUAAAUAUAUAAUUUGUACAAUAUACCUAUAAAAAAAAACCGAUAUAAUCGUCGUUGAAUAAAUAAUAUUGUAAAUGAUAAUUAUAAAACACUAAAGCGAUAUAUUCGUACGGCUAUAAUUUCUUCAACGUUACAAUAUGCACAAUAUAAUGUGAUUAUAAUAUUGAAAUUCUAUAUAGCGUCGAAAUGAACGGCGGAUUGAUCGUGAUCAACGUAUCGAAAUUUUUACUGUCUGGCAGAAAAUCAUAACGGCUAGAGGACCAAAGAUAAUUCUAAGUUGAGCCUGGAGCCAGAAAAACGGCGCUGGGAUUUUCGACCCAAUGUAGUAUUUAAUAAUAACGUUCAAUCAACAACCCUCGUUUACCCUUCCUGCCCCCGUAGUUAUACGCCACACGCAUAUUGGAUGCAUAAAUUCGCACCCCCACAGAUUGUAUAGAAUUAAUAUUAUUCUCAACACCAUUAUUAUUAUUAUUAUUAUUAUUAUUAUUAUUAUUAUUAUUAUUAUCAGCAUCAUCAUCAUUAUCAUUAUUAACAGGAUAUCGUAUUGAAUAUUAUAGAAAAUUAAUGAACGGUAAAAUUUGGUAAGAAAAAAGAAAAAUGGCAUUAUCGAAAGCGAAUGAGAAUGGGAAAAAGAUAUGCAAAGCAAAAAAAAAAAAAAAAAAAAAAAAAAUAAAAAAAUAAAAAAAAAGAAAAGAAAAGCAAUCCUAAAUAUAUGUACUAACAAUUGAACGAUUAUUAGAUAUUGACGAUGAUAUUUAUUAGCAGUAUAAGAGAAAAGAAAAAAACAAAAAAUUAAAAUUAUAUAUACUGUAAAUUAUAGGUUUAAUAGCUAAGCAUAGCUGAGCUGAGAGCAAAAUUUAUCCCUCAUGUUUUGACGUCGUAAUUGUUGAUCGGUUAAUGGAAGCGGCGAGUCUGCGCGAUUAGAAAAAAUUAGUAUGACGGGUACGAGUCGUAUUCAAUAUAAUACGCAUGAUUUUCUAGCAUCGACGGUGUGCGACGAUUUUUUAUUCUCUCUCUCUCUCUCUCUCUCGCUUCCUUUUUUUCCGGCAUAACUUUAUGAAGCAGGAAAUUGAAUGUAA